AUGCCCUGUGACGCUCACUGCCAUGAAGGUGAUCCACUGCACAUAUGUGUUAUGGUGCAUGGGAUGGGAGGCACAUGUGCGGACUGGCAGACGUGGCUGGAAGUGCUGAAGCACAAGCACCCGGACUGGAUAUUGUGGCCUUUGCAGAAAAUCUCUCGCGGUUGUCGAUUUCUAGGCAGCGACUUGCGUGAAUUGUCAUCAAUAGCCGCUGAAGAGAUCAUCGAAGCUGUAAAGAUGAACGAGGCAACUGGAUCUCACGUAAUGCUGCACUGCAUUGGGCAUUCAAUGGGUGGAUUGAUUAUUCGGGGAGCUCUUCUUAGAGUACUUGAGGAGUGCGAAAAGCUGCAGCUGGGUCAUUACAUCUCCCUGUCAUCUCCGCACCUGGGAAUCCGGUCGAGUUGGCUGCAUCCCUUGCACUCCUGGAGGAAUCUUUGUUGGCUCUCCCAGCCGAUCAGCAAUCAGCUUGUACACCUUGCCAUCCAGGAUACUCUCGGCUUGCAAACACCCUUCCUAGUAGAACUGAGUCAGCCAGAGAGCGAACAUAUGACUGCGCUUGGCCGAUUCGAUCAUCGGACGUGUGUGAGCCUGGCUUUCGGUGAUCCACUAAUCCCACCUGCCUCGGGAUUGAUCGACCCGUAUCUUCUUAUGGACAGCCACGGCUCCUUGCACGAGUCCUUUUGGCAGCUCAUCUUUGACGACACCUGGCCCACCUGCAAAACAAUCGGCCAGCAGGGAAAGGCUGCUACUGGUCUGUUGAAGCUGCCUGCCUUUUUCUUUGCGCUCAUGCAGCUGCUGGCACGCGGUCUAUGGCGCCUCCUUGCAGCGUUUCUUGGUCUUUUUUGCAUUGCCCUUCCAUCCUCAGCCAGGAGAUCUCAGAGUUCGGCACAUUUAUCUCCGGACUCUUCGCCGUCCGACAGUCCAAAAGCCCGUUCACGCUCCAAGCUAUCUUGGGAGCUGUCACAGGACUUGAAGUGCAAGUAUCCGGCAGAAGUCUAUGACGGACUGCUGUCGGUGCCGUGGCGACGCGUUGUCGCCAACGCCCACCAUCGACCCAUUCCGCGAAACCUGCAUGUUUUCCUGAUCGGGAAGAGAUCCGAGCAGUUCGCAAAAGAGCACCAGAUGUCGAGAGCAUGCAUUGAGCAUUUGGCUGACCUACUGCUAGCCUGA